CGGGGAGCGGUGGGGAAGUGGCGGUGGCUGUUGGCUACGGUGGAGUCAGCGGGCGGAUGAGCUGCGCGAGUGGAGAUCCGAGCCGGCGGUGGGCACCGGCGGCGAGGAUGGCACGGGCCGGGCCGGCGUGGGCGCUGCUACUGGCGAUCUGGGUGAUCCUGCCAAAUUGGCUGUCCUCUGUAAAGGUCUCCUCAUUCAUCGAAAGAAUAUCUGACCCCAAGGACUUGAAGAAACUUCUCAGGACCCGGAAUAACGUGCUGGUGCUUUACUCUAAAUCUGAGGCAGCAGCUGAAAAUCAUCUCAGGUUAUUGUCCACUGUGGCCCAGGCAGUGAAAGGGCAAGGCACCAUCUGCUGGGUGGACUGUGGUGACACAGAGAGUAGAAAAUUGUGCAAGAAGAUGAAAGUUGACCUCAGCCCAAAGGACAAAAAGGUCGAGUUAUUCCAUUACCAGGAUGGUGCAUUUCACACCGAAUAUAAUCGAGCUGUGACACUAAAGUCUGUAGUAGCCUUUUUGAAGGAUCCAAAAGGGCCCCCACUGUGGGAAGAAGAUCCUGGAGCCAAAGAUGUUGUCCACAUUGACAAUGAAAAGGACUUCAGACGGCUCCUGAAGAAGGAAGAGAAGCCGCUCCUCAUGAUGUUUUAUGCCCCCUGGUGCGGUAUGUGCAAGAGGAUAAUGCCACAUUUCCAGAAGGCUGCGACCCAGCUACGAGGCCACUUCGUGCUGGCUGGGAUGAACAUCUACCCCUCUGAAUUUGAAAACAUCAAGGAGGAGUACAACGUGCGUGGCUACCCCACCAUCUGCUAUUUUGAGAAAGGGCGCUUUCUGUUCCAGUAUGAUAACUACGGGUCCACAGCUGAGGACAUUGUGGAAUGGCUGAAGAAUCCACAGCCGCCACAGCCCCAGGUCCCUGAGACUCCCUGGGCAGAUGAGGGCGGCUCCAUUUAUCACCUGACCGAUGAAGACUUUGACCAGUUUGUGAAGGAGCACUCCUCUGUCCUCGUCAUGUUCCACGCCCCAUGGUGUGGACACUGUAAGAAAAUGAAGCCAGAGUUUGAGAGUGCAGCAGAAGUUCUCCAUGGAGAAGCAGAGAGCUCUGGUGUCCUUGCAGCUGUCGAUGCCACUGUCAACAAGGCCCUGGCAGAAAGAUUCCACAUCUCAGAGUUCCCAACAUUGAAGUAUUUUAAGAAUGGAGAGAAAUAUGCAGUGCCCGCGCUCAGAACAAAGAAGAAGUUUAUUGAGUGGAUGCAGAACCCCAAGUCUCCCCUGCCACCGGAGCCCACAUGGGAAGAACAGCAGACAAAUGUGUUCCAUCUGGCGGGGGACAACUUCCGGGACACCCUGAAGAAGAAGAAACACACCUUGGUCAUGUUCUAUGCCCCUUGGUGUCCACACUGUAAGCAGGUCAUCCCACACUUUACUGCUGCUGCUGAUGCCUUCAAAGAUGACCGAAAGAUUGCCUGUGGAGCCGUGGACUGUGUCAAAGAUGGGAACCAGGACCUGUGUCAGCAGGAAUCCGUGAAGGCCUACCCCACUUUCCACUACUACCACUACGGAAAGUUUGCUGAGAAGUACGACGGCGACCGGACGGUCAAAUCCUUGAGAGAAUCCAGUCAGUUGCUGGCAAGCUCCACUGAUCCUCCCAGAGAUGUGAAUCAAAAAAAGAAGCCUAUUAAAAGCCCAGGCUGGCCUUGAACUUGUGAUUCACGUGCCUGAAGCUCCCAAGUGCUGGACUGUAGGUGUGACCACCAUGCACAGCUUGUAUUCUGAUUAUUUCUUCAGGAUGAAUUUCUAGAAAAGAAAGAAGGGUAAGAUUUCCAUGAAUAUUUUAAUAUGUAUUACUGAAUUGGCUCCCAGAAAGGCUGAGUAAUUUGCCCUCUUAUCAGAAAGGAUCAGAGUGAAUGAAACCUUGUCUAUCCUACCCAGGCCAGUGCUUUUAUUUUUCAUUUAAAUAAACAAAAAGAAAAUUCAGCCUGUUUCGUAGAUAAAAUACUUGUCCUUUUUAAAAUUUGUAUUUAUUUGUUAAUAUAGUUGAAAAUUUUAAAUAUCUAUUACCUCUGUUUAUAGUCUUGAAAAGAGCAUUUCCUUUCAUAGUCAAAAGUAUUACAGAGUUAACAAAAUUAAUAAUAAUUUCUUAAUAUUAUAUAUGACCUAUUUCAUAGUUACUUGCUCCAAUUGUCUCAAAAAUAUCUUUUCUGGCUUAUUCUGAACAAAAUCCAACCCAAGACCAUUGCACCUAAAUGGUAGGUCUUUGGAGAUCUAAAAAAUAUUAUUUCUUUUGUUUUUCUUCCUAUGCACUGACUUAUUGAAGUUGCCUGCAAAAUGCUUUGUUUUUCAGGAUUUGUCUGAUUGCAUCACUGUGGUGCUGUUCAUCUUCAUCCUCUGCUCAUUGUAUUUUUUGUAAAAGGGGAGCUGGCUCUAAUGUCAUGAUAAACUCAAGCAUCUUCAGAAUGAGUAAAUCAUAAGUGACGGACACUUCUUCCAUAAGAUCUGGUGGAUCAUUAAGAAUGCUCAGCUUGACCCCUGGAUGAAGAUGGUACAGUCUGUCCUUCCCAUCGUCCUCUAUCCAAUUUGGAGGAUUGGAUGGUGAUCAGUAUGGUCUGUGUUGGCACUGUAAGCAUGUCCUUUGUCCCUCUACUGUCUCCUAAUGACUUGACCACCAAUAGUUAAUUACUAUCUAAAUCAAAGUUUUCAUUUGGGAUAGAAAUAAUGAUUUUCUAAUUCCAUCCUUCCUUCUUUUAUUCCUAUCUCAUAUUAAGGUGCUGCCUUCGCAGAGCUGAGGACACAAAAUCUCAAGACUUUUUAUCCCUCAUGAUGAUUUAAAUGCUCAGCCCUUGCCAGAACUGGCUCACAUACCAAUAGUGCAAUCUCCAAGUAUGGUGUCAAAAAGAAAAAGGAAUGGUGAAAGUGCUGGAAAUAACCCUGAUUUCUAUAUUAUGAAAAGGUACUAGCAUAAAACUGAACUGUCCAAUAGCAAUGGAAUGCAAGCUACAUAUGUAAUUUUAAAUUGUCUAAAAAAAACUAGAAACAGGUAACAUUGUACGUAAUAUAUCUUAACCUACAUAUCAAUAUAUUAUUGUUUCACCAUGCCUAAUUGACAUUUUAGAAGAUCCACAAUACUUCAAUUUUCAAACUUAACCUUAACUAAAAAUUUUAAAUAGUCAAAAUCAGAAUAGUUAAUAUUGUUACUUGAAUAUUAUCAACAUUUAAUAUUGAUAUAGCAGUACUAACUCAUUUUCCACAUUAAAUGUUAUUGGUUGUUCAGUGGUUCCGCUGCCUGCCUUGAAAGCGCAAAGACCUGAGUUCGAUCCCCGCUACCAAAAAAUAAAAAAUAAAAAAAUAA